CGCUGUAUUAUACACUCCAUUCCCGCACAACAAGAGGCCCAGCCAUGCAGCUCCCUGAGCCGGCGGGGGCCAUGCUCCUCUCUCUCAUCGCUAUUCCGGUCUCCUACCUAGUAAACUCCCUGUCUGCAGCGUCUGACCCCACCUUUAUAGCCGGAAUGGGUGUCUUAGUGCUGCUUGCUCUGUGGUUCGUUUCAUUUUACCUUGUCCAAGGAAAUCCUCCUCAGGAUCCACUGUUCUAUGUGUUUGCCGUUUUCUCAUUCACAAGCAUCAUUGAUUUGAUAAUAUGGCUGGAGGAGGAAGGCUAUAUCCGUGGUUUUAUGGAGUUUUAUAUGAAAGAGGGGGAGCCAUAUCUCCGCACUGCCCAUGGGCUCCUCAUCUGUCUUUGGGAUGGAACUGUGCAUUAUAUUCUUUACCUGGCUAUGUUGGUAGCAAUCGCUCAAGGGAAGAACUACAAGCCAGUAGGUCUGUUCUGGCUGGGCUCUCUCCUCAUGAGUAUGCUCAUCUUUCUCCCUGGAAAUGUGAUCGGGAAAUAUGGAUCAGAAAUCCGUCCAGCAUUUCUGCUCAAUGUCCCAUACUUACUGCUCCCCAUCUGGGCUGGGGUGAGAAUAUUUCGUGGGUGUUAUUCUUUCCCCAAAUUCCCUGCUGAUAAGGUGGAGGCGGUGCACAGAGAAGGAAUCUUUCAACGUCCCUUAGACAUUGCACUUAUCAUCUACCUUUUGGGAGCCAUCAUGUUCACUGUCUUCAGGGGCUUGGUGGUCCUGGAUUGCCCUUCUGAUUCGUGCUUCACUUACAUUUACCAGUAUGAGCCAUACCUGAGAGAUCCAGUGGCUUACCCAAAGGUUCAGAUGCUGGUGUGUUUGUUCUACCUGCUUCCUUUUCUCUGUCUGGCAAUCUAUGGUUUGUUGACUCCCGGAUGCACGUGGAUGUUGGACUGGACAUUGGUCUGUGCAGGGGCUGUUGCGCAGGCUCAGUUUGCUCACAUGGGAUCUUCACUUUAUUACCGAACCCCCUAUACUUAUCGUGUCCCCAAUGAUGCCUGGUGGGCUUUUGUUAUCUCUAACAGCCUGUAUACCCUGGGACCUCAACUCUUGGCCUAUCGCUGUCUACGGAGCCCAGCAUAUUUCUUACAGGUUACUACCCAGUCUGCAGAGGAUGGCAAAAAACAGGAUUAGCUAGAGAGUGAGCAGAGGACUUUGGGGACUGCUCUCCUAAACUGACUGCAGUUUAUAGAAUUUCCUAAUUUUUUGGAGCAUUGUGAUAGACUUGUCCAGCAUAUGUUUUUUUGUACUCCAGGAUUCCUGUUGGAGCCUAAUUAGAUUAUGCUGGUCCUUUAAAGGGCACUACUUGGAUGCUGUUGCGCUUGGCAGAACCUUCUUGUUAAACACGAGUAUUGGCUGUUUUGUUGUGGAAUUCCUGGUUUUCAGAUAGACCUCUGUUUCCAGUUCAUUAUUUUUCAGUUUUAGUUUUUUUGUUUACAUUAAUGUAGUAUAUAUUAACUUCAUUGAUAUAAAUCUCUUCAAUGAGAGCUUCAUUCUGUUUCAAUCUGAUUUCCUUCUUGUUUUUUUGGACCAAAAGAAGCUCCUACUGGCAGCUGCCAAUCAUAAAGAUGACACCGUUCUGUUCACUUGGAUGAAAGCUUACUUUCCAGUGAGAAAACAAAUGCACCAAUUAUUAUUUUAGGCGCUUUACAUUGCAAGCACAGAUCUUUUUAUGCGUGUGAAUUGGUUUCAUAAAAUAACAUGGUAACUGUGUCUUCACUGUGGAGACACUGCAUAUAGCUCACUUGUAUUCUUCUAUCUAUAGUUUGGUUAUAUAUUUAUCGUAAUGUCAUUUUUAGCAGUCACAAUUUUUUUUAUACAAUUUGAUAGCCAUAUGUUGUCAUUUUGUAUAAACUUGUCCAAAGAAGCUACAGUAGCUAAAAUAUAAUGGGGUAUAUAAUGUUCCAGUUAAAAAAAGUGUACAAACACUUAUCUACAAUAUUUUCUACAAAAUUCUUCAUUAAAGUGAAAUAUAAUGUAGGCUUUUAUAUUUAUAUCUUGCUGAGAUUUAUCCACACAGCUCAAUUCAAGGCUACUGUAUAGUUCUAUUAAAAAAUGAGACAUUUGAGUCAUAGUAAAACAUAAUAUUCCCUGAACUGGAAGUUAGUCCUUCUUUAAAUAAAAUAGUUAAACUGA